UCGCCUCUGGGGGGCGCUGUUCCGUUUGCGAAGCUUCCAUCUGCCGAUCUGAUCUGAAUGACGGAAGAUGAUGUAAAUCUUCAGGUCCUGGCCUAAAAAAGAUGAUGGUGCACGGCUAAAAUCAACGCCUCACAUCGGUUUCUUCACAAAGAUCUCAUUACAAAAAUACACUGUCAUAACAGACAUGGAGCAGGAACCAGUUAUGGCCGUGCAGGAUGCGGAGAAUGAUGCUGUCAUGGCUGCUGCUAUGGGUGCUCUCGAAGAAAUCCUGGACAGAAUUGACUGUCAGAAUGCAUUACUGGUUUCUUCAGCAGCUGUGAGCAACGUACAUCUCCAAGUCCCUGAUGCAAAUCAAAAACCUCCAGAGUCACAGUGCACAUCAGAGGAACCUAACGAGGAAGCCGAACCGCAAAAGAGUAAUAACCAAAAACUGGUUAGCAACGCUGAUGAUUCCAACCCUGAUGAAGCGUUGUUGUCAGUGCCGCUGCCUCACGAGGGCAGCAGAUGGUCUCGACUCCGGAAGCAGAUGAUGGGAUUGCCAGAUUUUAAGGAGUACCUGAAAUGGACUGAAGACGAUUCAACCUGGAGUAUUGACGAGGCUUUUGCCAGCUUCUGUCUUGAUCGUGUGGAGGAAACUUUGUCCAUCGCCAAGCAAACUGAUGCCUCAACACAGGGCAAAAAAGGCACACGUCGGAAGGGACAACCCAAAAAAUAUGAACGGAAGCAGGCAGUACCCUUAGAAGACAACUCAAAGAGACCAGCAAGGAAGAGGAGAGGCCAGGAUAAUGGCUUAAAGCUGACGGAAGACGACGUUGGUCUUGAUGAAGACGAAGAAGAUGAAGACUUACUGGCCAUGGAUGACAAUCCCAAAGAUCUGGAUUAUCAGCCACUGCCCAUGAUACGAUAUCCAAAGAGGAGAAGGAAAAGCCUACCCCGCGCCAUCAACAACUAUCAAGCCCAGCCAAAGACACCCAGCAGACCCAAACCACCUGCCAAACCCACCAAGUCACCAAAGAAGACACCUGCCUCGAAGAAAGCAGCCAAAACCCCAGCAAAGACCACCAAACUUGAAACGUACAGCCCUCCGCGCAAGAGAGGUCGACCCAGGAAACCAGCGACCGAAAGCCAGAAGAAGUUCCCUAAGCUAAAGGUCAAAGCGGAGAAGCCUGCCAAAACAUACAUCCGUAUGGAAGUAAGACUCCAGAGGUUACCCAAGAUGUACGAGUGUAAGACUUGCUUUGAACAGUUCCCAGAUGCUGAGGAAAUAAAGAAACAUUUCCUCAGCGUGCACCAGAGAGAUAGACUCCUGAUUCCACCUCAGAACAAUGCUAAUGAGAACAUCGAAGGAGAAAAUCCCAAUCCUGAAAGAUCAGAUAUGGACAGGUUACUGCUACCGGAUAUCACCAGCCUGGCCAAUGUGUUAAGACAGUGUCCCAAAUGCAAGAAGUAUGUGGAGAACAUGACUGUCCACAAGCGAGAGCACCGGGAACGCAACUUUAUCUGCGAGGAAUGCGGCAAGGGCUUCACGGAGAACCAGAUCCUGCAGAAGCACAGGAAGGUUCACGAGAUGGAUCGAACUGGGGAUCGCUAUAAGUGCCAGCUGUGCGAUAAAUCCUACCGCUUCUCUCAGAACCUGCGCAGCCACAUGCUCUACCACGGAGGGGAGAAAACUUUCAUCUGCGAUCACUGUGGCAAGUCGUUCUACACCAACAACCGGCUGAUCAUCCAUUCGGCGAUCCACAUGAAGGAGAAGCCGUACAAGUGCAGUGAGUGCGGACGAGGCUUCUCCCAGAAGAGCAACAUGCAGAAGCACGAGCGGGUCCACACGGGUGUCAAGCCCUAUCAGUGUGACCUCUGCAAGGAGUCCUUCAACCACAAGGUUAGCCUCAAGAACCACAAGAAGAAGCAUCAUGGCAUCGACUGGUGGGAGGAGGCAGGUAGGCCUAAGCCUGCCACAACCAGAAAGUCUAAGGAGUCUUCUCAAACUGUCGUUGUGAAUACAGAGGAACCGGUGCCAAUCCAACAGGAAGCGAACACAGUGCCCCAGGAGGACCAACUGGUUACAGAAAACCAAUGGAAGGGCAAUGAUAUGACUAUCCAAAGAGACAAUAAUGUUGGGAAUCAGUGGAGAGAUGACCAGCAACCGGUGAGGGAAGCCGAGCCUGCUGCGAGUCCCUGGCACCAACCAGAAAACAACCUGAACCUGGAGCAGCAGAAUCAUGCAGCAGCGGAGGAAGCCGUCAGGCUGCAAACCCUCCACCAGGCGGGGAACCAGUGGAAGGGCAACAAUAUGCCAUUAGAUAGGCAAGGGCAAACAGGGGAACAGGGAAUGACUGCCUUUUUCUAUCCGUCUACGUACCUUCAAGGAUAUCCGUCAGGAUAUCCCGGAAUGCCCAUCGUUCCGAUAAACUCUGAUGGAACCGUUCAUCCUGCCACAAGACCGAGCUACCAGUGAUACUCCACAAAAACAUUUCUUAUACUUUUUCUAAAAAAUAUUUUGCAAAAACGAAGCUGUUGAAAGGCGUCAACCGAAACACUAUAACUUCAAAAUGUACUUGUGCUGUGAGCUUCAAAUGCCUACUGUGUAUGUCUUACCAAUUUUUGUUCUUGGAGGAAUUUGUUGUAAUCGAAGAACAGUGUACAAUGUAUAUCAAAAAUAAUUAGCAGUUUUCCUUUCUUUGCAAGUCAUAUUUUAUGCAGUAGAUUUCAGUGCUGGACAUUUUAUUACAUUUUUAUAGAAGUAAAAAUUGCUUUUAUUGAGUAGACGUGCAUGAACGAUGUGCUUUGACUUUUGUUGUUGAGAAAUUAGACAAUUUGUUUGCUAACAAUAUUUACUCAUAGGAGAGAUAUAUUUGUGAGAUAGUUCUCAAGUAUUUAAAAAUAUAAUUUCAAAAUAACAAUGAUCAAUAUACAGUUCAAUGAAUUCCAAGUUACAAAUUUAGAGAUAAUUAUUUUUACAAAAAGUAUGAGUUUUUGUAUUUAAAUGUGGACCCUUUUACACAAUCUUUCUCUUCCAUAAUUGAAUCUGAAUAUCAUAGUUUGGUUGACCUUGAUCUGUUGGCUUGCAUAGUUUUAUUUUCUGAUAAAUGACACGACCUGAAUCAGGCCUUGUACCGUACUGUAUUCAUCAGUUUUGUAGAGAGUCCCUUUGUCUCACAAUAUACUACUCUGUCUAGAUUUUCAGGUGAAAUUGUCACUGCCCUAGCUUCUAUUUUAAUGUACUUUUCAGACUCAGAAAAGUAAUGAACUUCAGCACUGGUAUACAUGUAAUAUGACAUCAGAAUCAAAAAGGUCCAUUAGAUAAAAAAAAAAAGGGGGGGGGGAGUUCAAAUCUAUCCAACGUUCAUGAAUUUUGUAUGAUAUAUGUCUAGAUUUAUUUCCAAGUUCCGAUAUAUACAUGUAUUUGGGAAAAAAAGGGAAAAGUUGCAUGGUCAUGAAAAUGUUAAUACAUGUACAUGUAUAGAACACAUUUGUUCACAGUCAAACAGUUGGUUCUAAAUUGUUCACUUUGUUUUCUUAAAUUGUGUUUUACUUUUACAACGGCCAUCAAAACUGACUUUGAGCAGCCAAAAGAGGGCGGGAUUCUAAAGGUAAUUAUAAAUGGUAUUUAUCGCGUUUUGUCGGGAAACAAAGUGUUAUUUUUCUUGUGAUGUCUGAUCAUCCAAAGCUUGCAAACAAAAUUGUGUCAAACCAAGUGCAAAUACCUCUUCCAUUUCUUGUAAACAUCGUUUUUAUUGUGGAUUCAUGUAUAUUUAAGAAAAUGCUGAAAUAAUGAAAAUUGCUAAAAUUGGCAAUAGAAACUGACAACCUUCUCUUGUAAGGUUCAUCUUUUUAUGAAAGCAUUAUCUGUACAUAAUUAAAUAUGCCAACAUUUCAAAUUUUUCCCUAUGGAAUAUUAAAAACUUGUCUUAUGCUCUUAUGUGUGCAUUUUUUUCUUCAAAUACGACUAGUUCACUUCUACAGCAAAGAUCAUAUCUAAAGAUUUGUUAUGUACAUGCAAUUGAUUUUUUUUUAUGUAUAUCCUUUUCGUUUUCGCUAAAUAGUAAAUCUUAAAGUUGUUUUAUUUCAUUUAUUCCCUUUUUGGGGGAAUUUGAACAAGCCUGCUGUAAUAAGUGUUAACCUGCUGUUGCAUUCUGAUUAAAAAUGCCUUAUUCCAUCUCAAACAA